AGUUUUUUGCAAGGAAAAAAGACGAAUUAAUUGUUAAUAUAGCGCAAUAUAAUUUGUGCCAAAAGAACGCCCAAUUAGUUGUGCAGCAUUGUGAAUAUUUUUAGAAAAAUAAAGUAGUACGCUUCCCACGCGUUUUACGACGACUUCGUGUUUGCCGGCUCUUAUUGCGAAUUGCGGCAAAAAAAUUGCAUCAGUAUUAGUUAGCAGGCUGGAUGUGUGCAAGUUAAAAGAAGAAGCAGUCCCAAGGCACGCGACCUAAAAGUACUCGAGAGUUGCCUUCCCACUCAACUCCCACUCCUUGGUGCAAUUGGAAUUGAAAGCGUGGUGAAAGUGCUGCGCUACAAAAUUGUGUUGUUACACUGCCAACAUUUGACUUUGGCUGCUGUCCAUUUGAGUGAGAGAAGAUAAACACACGCGAUACGCGGACACAAUCAAAAGCCGUCGCUACUUCAGUGCUUACAUCAUUCCCCGCUGUUGCCCACUCUAUUAAUAUAAAUCGAACUAAAAAAAGGAAACGCUUGCUGCAAUGGCCGAACCAAAAACACCCGAAAAGAUGCUGUCUGCCAAGCCGCCGGUAUUUCAUCAAAAUAGCCAUAGUCCAAACGCCUCGCUGCAGCUGCCCAGUCCCAUCAUCACGCGUCGCACACGCACGGCCUCGACUUCGGCUCGCGCCAUGGAAAACCCAAUGGUGACUGGUAUUGUGAAAUCCUUUAGCCGCACCAAAGGACACGGUUUUAUUACGCCCAAUGGUGGCGGCGAGGACGUUUUCUGUCACGUUUCCGACAUCGAAGGGGAAUAUGUACCCAUGCCUGGCGACGAGGUCAAGUAUCGACUGUGCGCCAUUCCGCCCAAGUUUGAGAAGCAUCAGGCCGUGCACGUGCAGAUAAGCAAUCUGACGCCUGAGGUGCACCACAAGUGGGAAGAGCCCGUCUUCUGUGGCUCGCCCGCCAAAUAGAAGUGUAGCCAUUACUACCAAUGGCCUUCCACACAAGUUUUUUUUAAUUAACUGGAGCACGCCAUGCGGCUAAACAAACAAAGCAGCAAAAAAAAAAAAAAAACGAUGAGCAGUAGUUGGUGGAGAUGAUUGCGAUGACGACGACGACGAUCAAAACAAUACAAUAAGAGUUAAUGAAAUGAAAGCAUACAAAACGACUUUAUCAAUCGUACGCCACUCACACAGCCAGCCAGUUUCAAUUAAAUAUCUUUUUUAUUACUUUAAGCUAAGCAAAAAAAUCAACUCAGUCACAAAAUGUGUUACACUUACUUUUUUAAAAAAAGAAAAAAAUAAUGAAUCGUUGAAGAAGCGAAACCAGUUUGGUGAAUUUAUGAAAUUGUAAUAAUGAUAAUUGAAUAAUUGUUAUUCGAGAACAGCCGUUUCGUGUAUUUUUGAGUUCGGAGCCUGUAACAGUAUACGUAUACUUAAUAAUACUUAAUUUUCGAUUGUAAACAAAAUAUGAAAUAUGCAUGAGCAAAAAGCAAAGCAAAAGCCCGAAGCCCACUUUAUUUACUAAUGAAAUAAAAAAAUCUCAAUA